AUUCAUCCUUUCGUUGAAAGAGUGUGCAAAGAUGGGUGCGCUAUCGAAGUCAGAUCUGGAUGGUCAGAUAGAAAAGCUUCGAAAUUGCGAACUUAUCACGGAAGCAGAAGUGAAAUCUCUGUGUGCCCGCGCGAGGGAAAUUCUCGUGGAAGAAUCUAAUGUCCAGCGGGUUGAUUCUCCCGUCACGGUGUGCGGUGACAUUCACGGCCAGUUUUAUGACUUGAAGGAACUCUUCAAAGUAGGUGGAGACGUCCCGGAAACCAGCUACUUAUUCCUCGGUGACUUCGUCGACCGAGGCUUCUAUAGCGUUGAGACGUUUCUGCUGCUCCUUGCUUUAAAAGUGCGAUAUCCCGAUAGAAUUACAUUAAUUCGCGGAAACCACGAGUCCCGGCAAAUCACUCAAGUCUACGGGUUUUACGACGAAUGCAUUAGAAAGUACGGUUCCGUCUUGGUAUGGCGGUAUUGCACAGAAAUUUUCGACUACCUUAGCCUCGCUGCCAUCAUUGAUGGGAGGAUAUUUUGCGUCCACGGGGGAUUGUCUCCUUCGAUACAAACUCUAGAUCAGAUCAGAACAAUAGACAGGAAACAAGAGGUCCCUCACGAUGGGCCGAUGUGUGAUCUUCUUUGGUCGGACCCAGAAGACACAAAUGGUUGGGGUGUUAGUCCACGUGGAGCCGGUUUCUUGUUCGGAUCAGACGUUGUAGCAAUGUUCAAUGCGACGAAUGAAAUUGAUCUGAUCUGUCGUGCCCAUCAACUCGUUAUGGAAGGUUACAAGUGGCAUUUCAACGAAACUGUGCUUACUGUUUGGUCUGCGCCUAACUACUGUUACAGAUGUGGAAAUGUGGCAGCUAUUCUGGAACUUGACGAAAAUUUGCAACGUGACUUCACGAUUUUCGACGCUGCCCCUCAAGAAAUUCGCGGUGCGCCGCAGAAAAAGCCGCACGCGGAUUAUUUCCUAAACCGAAAAAUGAGUGAAUAUUCGCAGUGGAUUGAGGAAACGAUGGAAAACGGUGUCAAGAAAGUUUCUUUGAAAGUAAUCUCGGUAGAUACGCAUGUGCCAGAAAAGGAUGAAUGUGGUAAAGUGUUCAGUUGUCAUCAGUGUCUGAAGAAAUUCUACGACUACAAGGAAUAUCGAGUGCAUCGUAACAGGAAACACAAGACUGACUUCAUCAUUGGGCCAGACGACUUCACGUAUAACAUGCACUGUUUCCGUUGCAGCUUUUGUUCCUUGGGGUUCAAAGGCAAAGAAUACGUGACUAAGCAUCGGUUGGAGUCCCAUAAUAUCUUCAAUAACGACGACCUGGAAUGCGGAAUGUGUCGACAGCGAUUCGACAGCCCGCAAACCCGUUUCAAACACGAAGUCAUGCUCCAUGGACUGCAAACUCAAAACGCUGGGCAACCAUUUUCGACAGCCCCGAAAGUGGUGACGCGAGUGUCGAAUGACAGUGCGAAAUCAGGAGAAAAAUGCGACGAUUUCCAAGUGUUGGAUUGGCGCGCGGAUGUCGAAAAGGACCACGUCAUCUCUACUGGGUUUGAGAAUGGGUUCGUUCAUUCUAAUGUGCUGGUGUCGAACGUUGGUGACGAGGACAACGUGGAAGUUACGUAUCGCAUUGUUCAAUUGACCUAG